CUCCCACACGCUUUUUCACUCUGCGACCCAUAAGUCAGUUUCUCUUCUCAUUCUCUCUUGUUUUUCUUUUCCCCUCAAAACCAAUUCCCUCUCUUCCUUCACAGUCACACCACUUUCCCCACAACAAUGGCGGCCCCUACCUCCAGAUCCGUCCUCAUUCUCCUGUCGUUGCUUCUUUUGAUCACAUUCUCCGAAGUGGCUGAGGCUUAUGGACGCUCGAAUCUUCGUCCUUCAGAUUGCAAGCCGAAGUGUACUUACCGGUGCUCUGCAACUUCGCACAAGAAGCCAUGCAUGUUCUUCUGCCAGAAGUGCUGCGCUAAAUGCCUGUGUGUGCCUCCAGGUACGUACGGCAACAAGCAAUCCUGCCCUUGCUACAACAACUGGAAGACCAAGGAAGGAGGACCCAAAUGCCCUUGAAGAGAUCGGAUCUCUUUCCUUACAUUAUAUGAUCUACGACCUAUAAUAAGCAAUGUUAAGCUUUUUCAAGUAUUAUAUUAAGAUGAUGAUUAUGAUCUGCAGCGAUUUAAAUAGCUGAAUUUGGCUGUAGUUGAAGGGCACAUUCAGCAAUAUGGUGUUCCCUUCACGAGCUGAUACUGUUCUUAAUUGUAAUUUAGGAUCUGUCCAAUUUGCAGUGUUGCUGCUAUAUUCUUGAUUCUGCAGUUGCCAUCAGUUUUGGAAGCCAGAUUAUAUUGUUUGAUUA